UAAAGACUAGUAAUGGUUUAGUAAAAAUUAUGUUAUUAAGUUAAUUAACCCUUAAAGAUGUAUUUUCCAAUAGGGUGGCCGAAAAUUCUAAAAAACUUAGGUCCAGAUCAAUUAAUUAAACAGAUUAUAUCGAAUAGAGACAAGAUAUUAUUUGCAUCUUUAACUGACGACAGUUUCACCGUUUGGUUUUGCAAGCCAUCAGUUCCAAUUGUCUACCACAAGAGAACCGAGGAAUCUCUGCAAAGACUUGGUAUAAAUGUUGGCAUAGAAUGGAAACCAGAUUCGUCCAUGUUAUGUAUUUCUACCUCAGAAGGCCAUCUCAUACUGUACAAUGUGGAGUCACAACCCGAACAGACGGCUUACCAACAGUGUGAUCCACCUAAUGCCAGUUUAAGACGAGACUCUGCUGAAUUAUUUGUAAAAGAAGUUAUACCAUCACUCAAAAUUACUUUGUUCAAAGAGAUACUAGUAUGGGAUGGACAGAUAACUCGUAUGUGCUGUAUAUCUGGUACGGAGAUUUUGGUGUGCACCACGCGAGCACAUCUGCUGCGGUAUCGCUGGGAUGGCACACAGAACAGAGACUACUGUCUAGACCUAGGACGAAUACCAUUUUCUAUAAACCAACAAGUGUCUAAAGCUGAGCCCAUAAUAGAAGAUAACACUCAUGUCAACGACAUAGAAUACUCACCACUUGUCUGUGGAUUCGGCAUCACUCUCAACGACGGCCGAGCGGCCUAUCUCACUGCACCUAAUCUCAAGUUCGAUCCUAAUAUUUGUUUGGAAACUCGUCUGUGGGCUGUUCAAGGCAUAUGGGCGCAAGGCAUCGACGAUGCGACGUGCGUGCGAGUCAAUCACAAGUUUAGGCUAAUUGCAAUCGGCAGGAAAAACUCCACAGUGGAUGUUUUCACCAUAGACGAGGUGACGGGUGGGCUGGAGUUGUCACACACUAUGGCGCUAUCAUCCAAGGACUUCCCUGGAGAUCCAGGACCGGUCAAGUGUCUCAGAUGGAGUGGCGACGGUCGCGCGGUAGCAGCGUGCUGGGGCCGCGGCGGUGUGUCAGUGUGGAGUACGUUCGGUGCGCUGCUCGUGUGCUCCCUAGCCUGGGACUACGGCCUAAGUCCCGAUCUGGCUGCGCACAACCCGCUCGUGGUCACUGGCAUGGAAUGGGCUACAGAGGGUUACCAGCUAUGGAUGGUGAAAAUGGAGGGCGAUAACAAAUCUAAUCUCAUCCAACUGGACUUUGUCAAAAGUCCUCUCUCCGUAAAUCCAUGCAUGGGCAACCAACGACAUCUGUACCUGCAAGGUGACGAUAAACUGUAUAUAAACUUGGAGGACAAUCUCACGCGGCGCACGAAGAUAUCCAUUAUCGAUUCCUCGUCCGAAGCAUUUCAGGAGUACGGCUCUGACCGUCCACCAGAUGUGGAUAAUAGUACGAAGUACAGGGAAUAUGUGGAUGAUAACGAGUGCAGAAAACAGUGGAACGUGUUGCAGUUGCCAGCCACUUAUAUUGCCAGUAAUUGGCCUCUUAGGUACAGUGCUAUGGACGGCACGGGGGGCGUGGCAGUCGCGGGGCGGGCAGGGCUGGCGCACUGGUCGGCGGCGGCGCGACGCUGGAAGCUGUUCGGGAACGAGGCGCACGAGACAGACUUCGUCGUCAGCGGCGGGCUGCUGUGGUGGCGGGAUUAUAUUGUUGCCGGAAGCUACAGCAUAACUGAAGGUCGUGAUGAGCUCCGCUUCUACCCACGCGACGCUAAGCUGGACAACCGACAUGCCUACAUGUUGCGAGUGCCCGCACAGCCGCUCGCACUUGACCUGCUGGACGACCGCCUCGUGGUCUUCGCUGCGGACGCGCUCGUCACCAUAUACGAGCUUACACGCCGCGACGGCCUGGGCGGCGUAGAGGCGCGGUGUAUUCAAGCGGUGGACGUGUCGGCGCUGUCGCACCCCGCGUGCGUGCUGUCCGCCGCGCUGUGCCGCCUGCACGACGCGCCCGCUCGCCCCGCCCACAUGGCGCCGCACGUCGCACCCGACUCGCUGGUCAUAAACGCCAGCGGCAAGCUGAUGAUGGUGCAGCGAGAGGAGUACGAUGUGGAUGAAGACAAUAACACCGCAUACAGUUGUUUGCCGGCGACGGUGUUAGCAUCGUGCGUGGAGAGCGUUUGGGCGGACGGCGGCAACUCGCGCACGCAGCUAUCACGUGCACUUUGGCUGUGGUGCGGCGCUCAUGGCGCGCGUGUAUGGCUCCCCCUGCUGGCGCGGGAAAACGCGCGCCGAGCGGACCCCGCACGGCACACCUUCAUGGCUAAACGGAUCAUGCUGCCAUUCCAUCUGGAUAUUUAUCCUUUGACCAUUUUGUUUGACGACGCCAUCUUGUUGGGCGCGGAGAACGACACGACGCUGUACGCCUCUGACACCAACUCGGUGUUUUCGUUGCCAUUCUGCGUCAUCAAUAGAACGUCUCAGGUAUACCUGCACCAGAUUCUACGGCAGCUGUUGCGUCGAAACCUCGGCUACCAUGCUUGGGAGAUCGCAAGAUCAUGUGCUGCACUGCCUUACUUCCCGCACGCUCUGGAGUUGCUGCUGCAUGAAGUGCUAGAAGAGGAGGCGACGAGUAAAGAGCCGAUACCGGACGCGCAGCUUCCUAGCGUCAUCGAGUUCGUACAUGAGUUUCCGGUGUACCUACAGACGAUCGUACAAUGCGCGCGUAAGACCGAGAUAGCGUUAUGGGCGUACCUGUUCUCUGCGGCCGGCAAGCCCAAGGACUUGUUCCAGGAGUGCCUCCAGAAGAAAAUGUUGGACACCGCCGCUUCCUACCUUAUUAUAUUACAGAAUCUAGAGAGUUCGACAGUGAGCAGACAGCUAGCUACCCUGCUGCUAGAUACCGCGCUGCAGGAAGAGAGAUUCGACUUGGCGAGGGAUUUAGUUCGAUUCCUCAGAGCUAUAGAUCCAAACGAUGUGGAAUCUCCGCGCAACUCCGUAAACGUUCAGCAGAAGUACGGCCAGAUCGCGCAGCAACCUGUCACGCCAAACGCCGAUGACCUCUCUGUCAUACUUGGCAGCAUGCAGUUGGCAGGAGGUCGCGGACGCAGUUUCAGCACGACGCUGGCGCCGCGCGAUCCGUCGCCGCCCGCGCCAGCGCGUCGCACUGCCGCCGCCACUGUGAAGCGGAAAAAGUCCGUGCCCGCACGCUCCGAGCGUUCGUCGGUCGGUGACAUAGGCGAAGAGGCGGUAAUCUCAGGCAUGUUACAACGGCACAUGCGCUCAGCUUUAUCUGGCGCUCGGCUAGCUGCUCUCGGCAAGCUGGCAGCAGCACUCGAACUGCAGCUUGUAGCGUGGUUGGCGGGCGAGCGUGAACGUGCCGCGGCGGUUACGGGCGCGGUUGCGGCGUUGCAACGCGUCCACGACGACUUCCGAUGGCCCUACCCCGAUCCGCCCACUAUGCCGUAUGAAGCCACGGCGAAUAUGGAACCGAUGUACACGGCGCCUGCUGACGCGGAGAGCCUGUGCGGUGACAGCGGCUACAUGAGUCUGUCGCUGCGACACGCGCUGCCGCUACCCGACUCGCCGCCCGCGCCAGUCAGUUCCGUUGGCGAGUGCAGCGUGGCGGAGGGAGGAGGUGCGGCGUGGGGCGCCGGGGAGGAGCAGCGAUACGUCGCGCUAGUGGAGCGACUGCACCAGCAGCGCAGCGAGCGCCCCGACCACAAGGCGCAUGUGCAGCUCAGAUACUUCCUGCAACUAAUGACGGAGGCGAUGUGCGUGGAGUGGGCGGUGAUCAUCGCCGUAGUCUUACGCGAUGCGCUCGCAGUACUUCGAUGUACGAACGCGGCGCGUGGGACCGACGUCAGUCUUCCCGCUGCGAGACGGCUGCGCGCAGCUCUGGUUGAGUUGCGAGCGUGGGCGGACGCGGAAUGCCUCGGAUACAAGCCGUUUAUGAUAGCGAUCGGCAACCAGAUACCGUUCCUGACAUCAAUCAUAAACAAUCGAGAGCGACGGUUGUCUUUAUCGAAGCGGGUGAGAACGCCAAGCACGGGUUCCCUCAACCAGGAACCGAAACCAGCGCCACAGGAACCCAAGAUGCCUCCACCGCAGAAGGCGCAAGAGGUGAAAUCGGUGCGGAAAGAGAGCCCUAGUGUUAUGCCUGAGCCUGCGCAAACGCAGAUACCAACACCGCCGCCGCCAAGAGAGGAAUCCUCCAACUGUGCCAUAGUGUAAGUGGUAUAUGACAUACGUGGCAUAUAUAAGGUGGAUAUGACAUGAAAGGCCAGUUGGUGGCUGUUGUAUAACAAUAUUGAUGGAUUCGCUAUAAAACAGUGUAAAUACUGUGUGACAUAUGGCAUGAAUGGCAUAUUUUAUUGUGUUAAUUUUAUGUCAUAUGCCAGUUAAUGAAUUCGCUAUAAAACAGUGUAAAUAAUGUGUAGGAUUUAUAUGCCACACAUUAGUUAUCAAAAUGACACACUUUAACACGGUAUAACUUGGUCAUAGUGAAUCCUGUGCGCAGUGUGAUAAUUGAAAAUAAUUUAAUGCCAAUUAUUAACAUAUUAUGUCAUCAAAUAACGUUGACAAAGGCUUCCAACCGGUCUCAGUACGCCAUAUAUUAUGCCAGUUUUGGCAUAAGUACUAAAUUAUUGUCAACGAUAUGUAAUAUUGAUGAAAAUGCAAAGUAACAAAUCUCCUACAGUCUCGUAGUUAAUACUUUUGUAAUUCGGUAGAAGGCUUGGAAGAUUAAAUAAUUUUAUUUAUAAUAGUUAA